ACAGAAAUACGCUGAAACACUAGAAAUCAUAUCGACGACUGUUUGUGUUACUGAAUUUAACCAACAUUGCAGUUGCCUUGGAAACUUUAUUCCGGAAUCGUCUUGUAAUAUUUUCAUGGUCCGCGACAGACACGCCAUUAGUUUCUGAGAAGUGUUAUUUGUUUAACGUUAGCUGUGCUAGCUGUGUAAACAGUCUGUUAUUGAGUUAGUUAACGUUACACUAUUGAGCUGCUAGCUGAAAAUGCUUUGAAAAACGUGUUCAUGUUCAGUUUAUACGAAUGGGUUGUUUUAUUAUAAUCAAUUUUUUUCUCUUGGGAGAAGUUUUUGAUUGAUUGGCUCGCUGGUCAAGUUCUAUAGCUAGUCGAUUAUGCAGUUAACUGACAGAUUUAUAUAGCGAAAUGGCUAGCUAGGACAACAGAUAGUGUGUAGAUUUAACUAAGUCAGGUUUUUAGUCGUCCACACACUCACUCACACGUUUUGCACACUCUGGCAACAUGAAUCCCACUACGAAGUCUUGUCUCCUUAUUUUGGCUUUAGCGGUGACUUUGGAAGUGACAGCUGGUGAAGUACUUCCAGAUGAUGAAGUUGCAGGUGGUGAGUCUAAGAGCAAAGAUGGUAAUGAGGGCUCCAAAUUUGUGGUGGGGAAUGCGUAUGUCCCUAAACAGACCCAGGCUGACAGCAGUACAACAGACAAUGAAGAGGAGAGUGAGGUUGAGGGGAUUGAACAGGAAGACCUUCCAAGUCAACCUCCGCCACAAGAAGAGCGUCAUAAAAAAGUUCCAGUGGUGAUUGGUGGAACAGCCUCUGGAGAGCCCUGCGUGUUUCCAUUUCUUUUCCAAGAUAAAGAGUUUUCGGAGUGUACUACUGAAGGCAGAGUAGAUGGGAGGCUGUGGUGUGCCACAACGUACGACUACAGCACUGAUAAGAAAUGGGGUUUCUGUGAAACGGAGGAACAGGCAGAGCAGAGGAGGUUGAUGGAAGAGGCUGAAGAACAGUACCAAGACACAAUUAAGAUGCUUAACAGCACCAACCGAAGGAGCCAGAAGAAAGAGUUGUAUGACAGACUCCUGAAAGUUGCAGAGAUGGGUCAUACCAAGGCCAUGGAGAAGGUGGCAUAUGCCAUGCUGUUUGGAGACCACUUACCCCAGAGCAUUCCUCAGGCAAAGGAGAUCUUCGAGAAACUGGCACUGGAGGGCUCCCCUAAAGCCCAGACUGCACUUGGCUUCCUAUAUGCUGCGGGAUUAGGAGUGAACUCAAGUCAAGCAAAGGCAUUGGUGUACUACACCUUUGGAGCUUUGGGUGGAAACUUAGUAGCACAGAUGAUUCUGGGCUACAGAUAUUGGGGAGGUGUUGGGGUUCCUCAGAGCUGUGAAUCUGCUCUCACUCAUUACAGACUAGUGGCCAAUUACGUGGCCAGCGAUGUAUCCCUGACAGGGGGCAGUGCAGUACAGCGGAUCCGGCUCUUAGAUGAAGUGGAAAAUCCUGGUUCUAGCAGUGGAAUGCUGGAGGAGGAUUUAAUCCAGUACUACCAGUUCUUGGCUGAGAAAGGAGAUGUGCAGGCACAGGUGGGUCUGGGACAGUUACAUUUACAUGGAGGACGAGGUGUGGAACAGAAUCAUCAGCGAGCGUAUGAGUACUUCAACCAAGCAGCAAAUGCAGGGAACACACAUGCAAUGGCGUUCCUUGGAAAGAUGUACUCUGAAGGAAGUGAGUAUGUGCCUCAGAACAAUGACACGGCUCUGCAUUAUUUCAAAAAGGCUGCUGACUUGGGAAAUCCGGUUGGCCAGAGUGGCCUUGGUAUGGCUUACCUGUAUGGAAGGGGUGUUCCUGUGAACUAUGACCUGGCACUGAAGUAUUUUCAGAAGGCUGCAGAGCAAGGAUGGGUGGAUGGACAGUUACAGCUGGGAACCAUGUACUACAAUGGAAUCGGGGUGAAACGUGAUUAUAAACAGGCUCUUAAAUUCUUUAACCUGGCUUCUCAAGCGGGUCACAUCCUAGCCUUCUAUAAUCUAGCCCAGAUGCAUGCCACAGGGACUGGGGUCAUGCGCUCCUGCCACACUGCAGUUGAGCUCUUCAAGAAUGUGUGUGAGCGCGGCCGAUGGUCUGAGAGACUCAUGGCAGCAUACGGAAGCUUUAAGGAGGGCGACAUUGACUCGGCUCUAGUACAGUAUCUCCUGCUGGCUGAACAGGGCUAUGAGGUCGCCCAGAGCAAUGUGGCCUUCAUCCUCGAUCAAAAGGGGUCACAAAUUUUCAAUGAGAAUGAAACGUAUCCACGGGCUUUGCUCCACUGGACCAGAGCAGCUGCUCAAGGCUACACAGUGGCCAGAAUCAAGCUGGGUGACUAUCAUUUCUACGGUUAUGGCACUGAUGUGGACUAUGAGACUGCAGUCAUACAUUAUCGCCUGGCAUCUGAGCAACAGCACAGUGCACAGGCCAUGUUCAACCUGGGCUACAUGCAUGAGAAGGGCCUUGGUAUUAAACAGGACAUUCAUCUGGCUAAACGUUUCUAUGAUAUGGCUGCAGAAGCCAGUCCUGAUGCCCAGGUUCCUGUGUUCCUGGCCCUCUGUAAGCUGGGCUUCGUUUAUGCACUACAGUACCUGCAGGAUCUCAAUCUGAAGGAGCUUCUAUCUCAGGUGGAUCUUGACCAGUUACUGGGUCCAGAGUGGGAUCUGUACCUCAUGACUGUCAUUGCUCUGCUCUUGGGCACAGUGAUCGCAUAUCGGCAGAGACAGCACCAAGCCAUACCCAGAGCCCCUCCAGUGCCCCCUAGACCUCCGGGCCAGCCUGAGCAGCCUGCAGGAGAGCCUGAGGAACAGUGAGAGAGCAGAGAUCAGGGUGGAGGUGACCGAACAGGACUAGGAUAUGGGAGAACAAAUUGAGGCCCAUUAGCAUCUCUUUCUCUCGGGACAUACGAUGACACCAAAACCCUGCUGUGGUCUUUAAUCCUAUAAACCCCAAAAGAGCUUCCAGGACUCUCAAUGCCAUGUCCAGCCCCUCUUUAGGCUUUUAACUGUGGCUUGGAGAAAAACUAGACAAACUUCUACAAUAUCUUAAAUGUGCACCUCAGGGUUUUGCCAGGUGAAAUAACAUUUGUGCAAAUCAAUGCUCACUAUGUGGGGGGAAAAGACAAUAAUGGUGAAUGAACUCCAUUAGUUUGUUUCUGCUUUUUGCUUGCCACUGUGCUAAAAGCCAAGGAUCUAAUCUACUUCGUGCAAAAGGACAAAAGUAGUUUUCACUAGCACUUUCACUGUCUUGAUGUCUAAAAUGUGCACAUUUACAGAUGAAUAAACUACACGGUAAGUAGUCUAAGGUUUGCAAUCUUUCAAAAGGUUUUGUUAUUGCCAUAAACGCUCACCUUGCCAAAUGUUGAAUCACUGAGAUGACUACAGCCCUUGAUCUCCUUUUAUUAUUAUGAAAGUCUGUAGGGUGUUUUUUUUUUGGUAAAGACUCAGUGCAAUUAUGGCUGGUGUCCAGUAUUGUUUCAGAUUUUUGAAGCUCUAGUUACCUUAAAACUCCUCCUUCAGCACUCAUUCAGCCUUUCCAAAAGUUUCCAAAAUGGGUCUUAAAUUCCUCUGCAUACUCACAAAUAUUUUAAUUCAUCAAGGGUUUGCUGUAUGGCUAUAAUAUUCAGUUUUUGGUACUACAAGACACCUUUUUCCUUUUUUAUUGUAAAAUCAAUACAUUGCUCUCAGAACUAUUUUUGAUUUUUGUGUAAGAUCUGUAGCUCUGUGCAAUCUAACAUUAAGUUCCUGAAGCUGAUUCAUUUGUUUUGGGAUGUGGCUAUUUUUGUGCUAAAUCUCAGUUUUAGGUUCUUUUUCAGAGGAAAAAUAUUUCAGAUAAUUGAAAUUGUGAAUGGUGUCUGCUGUUUCAGGUAAAAUAGCAAUACCAGAAUGUGAAAAAAAGUCUGCAAUGUAAAUGUAUGUAUGUGGAUGUAAAGAUCUGUUUUUUUUUUCUUGCAAAGAUUCACCAGAGCAUUAGAUUGUUUUUGCUAUUCAGCAAUGGUUUGAAGCUUUGAAAGUGAUAUAACAAAUUCUUCUAUGUUCCCUGUCAAUCAAACCGCACAUAAUACUGAGAUAGAUCACAACAGAAGAGUGUUACAAAGGAAAUAAUAACAUGACAAAGUUUCUAAAUAUCUAAUAAAAAUCAGUGGUUUCACA